AUGAGAUUGGGAAGAGAAAUUCUCUUGCUAAGGAUUCUAAGACUAGUUUUGAAUCUAAGAACACUAGGAAAGCUAGAUUUUGGCAUAAUAGUAGUAAUUUGGCUUGUGCAAGAUGAUGUUCAUGGCUUGUUCUCUUUUAAUGUGGAUGUUGCUUUUUCAUCUGCGGAUUUUCGGGGUGCUAAUGUAGUGUUGCAUGACCCUGAGCCUCCUGAUAUUGGUCAGAUGGAGCUGAAUGAGGGUGAGUCUCAUUUGGUUACGUCUGGUGCUUCCAAUGAGGAUGAGCAUGAUUCAGUUGGUGAUGCGGUUGGUUUGGCUGGUAUGUUAAUUGAUUUUGAUGUGCGACGAUGUUGA